CUCACCUCAGCUAAUUACGCUUCCUGUCUAAUCGUUGCUUCCAAUCCCUUUGAUGUUUUGACACAAAAUUUGUGCAUAUUUUGAUUUGUUUUUAUACUUUAUAUUUUGAUCUUCAGUUGCAUGUAACAGUGUAGAAGCAGUGCCACCGUAAAAUUGUGUUUGGUACUUUUUUUGCUCCUCAGUAACCCUUCCCCCCUCCCCCUCCUCCCCAUCCUCCCAAAAUGUAAUUCUGACAAAUCUUUGAAUAGCGGAAGUUAAAAGUGCUUUCAUGCAGCAGGAAAAAAAAAAGAUCAACCCUUAAAGCUGCUGAGAUAAUACAGGCUGCUCGCCUGCUUGACUGCAUAUGUAAAUUCUUCAGGAGCUUCACUGAGGCGUCAAACCUUCCUUUUUUACAUUUUAGUUGUACUUUAGACUUGGGUAUGGAUUGCACGCUGAUUGAAGCACUCUAGAGAGAGCAGGCUUCAGUGAAAAUGAAUGCUCUUGGGUGUUUGGUAUUAUUGAUCCUCAUAACAAACUGUUCUUGUAACACAGCAAAGACAAAUCCUUUUGUGUUUGAGAAGAUCCAGAUCACAGCUGAAGAAGACUCCUGUGUUGAAAUCAAAUGUAAACCCACAAAUGUUCCUGUAGAUACUGGAGGUGCAGAAUGGUUUUGGAUGAAGAAUGCAACCUGGACUCAGAAUAAAGAAUUCAAUGGGACUGUCCUUUACAGCAAUGAUGAGUCAAAAAGGCCCGUCAGUCCACUCUUUAAAAACAGAGUAACAUAUACAGGCUCUAUACAUGGAUCUGCUGGAACACAACAAGGACAUCAACUGUGUCAAAUUAAAAUCUGUAACCUGAGUUUAAAUGACAGUGGAGAUUAUAUGUUCAGAUAUGAGAAAGGAAAUGAUAAAUGGGUGACAAAGCCUAGAGCUAACCUAACUGUUGGUGUCGUCCCUAAAGUUGAGAUUCUGAUUCAGAAUCAGAGUGAAGGAACAUUACAAGACAUCAAAGAAGGAGACAGCAUCACUCUUGAGUGCAAACUGAAGAAAAGUAACCCAAAACCUGACAGCUUUUCCUGGCAUAAAGAUGGGAAACACCUUAAGAAUGGUCAGAUUUAUGAAUUGUUCAGGAUCAAACCAGAGGACAGAGGCAGCUACACAUGUGGAGCCAGUAACCUGAUUGGUUCUGGAACGUCAAAGUCCAUUUAUCUAAAUGUUAAAUACAAGCCGAGGAAUAUCAGCAUUUCCAGCCAGGGUCUUCAUAAUAACAGAGUUAAAAUCAACAGCAGCAUCUCAUUUACCUGCAAUGCUGCAGCAAAUCCAGCGCCGCAGUUCUCCUGGUACAAACAGUCUGAAGGAAAACCAAAGAUUUUACAAACAGACCAAAAGGUUUUCAAUAUAAGUCGGGUUCAAAGAAAAGAUGAAGCAUGUUACGUAUGCAAUGCAUCCAAUAUCCUCGGUGAAGGGAAUGACAGUACUUGUAUAGAAGUUUUGUUUCCUCCCACAGACAUCCUGUUGACCAUGGACACAAAGGUCAGAGAGGAUCAGCUCGUCACAUUCAACUGCACCACUGAAAGUUUCCCAGCUGCAAAUUUCACUGUGAAAACAUCUUCAACAUCAUAUAAUCAUUCUUCAGGAAAAUAUUCAUCCCAAUCUAAAAAACACACUUUCAUAAAUACAUUUAAUGCAACUUCAGCCCAUGCUGGAUCUUACAUCUGUGUUGCAACAAACAGUGAAGGAAAUCAGACAAGCCAAGAGAAGAUCCUGGAGGUUGAAUAUUCCCCCAAAGAUGUGAGAGUAGAAGCACAGCCUGGAUCUGUUGUGGUGGAAAAUCAGUCUUUCUCAUUGAACUGCAGCUUCCAUUCUAACCCAUCCAUCACCUCACUCACCUGGAUGAAGAAGACCAAUGACAGCAGAGAAAUGACUGUGAGUUCUGAGACGAGAUUCUCUGUGAAAUCUGCCAGUCCCUCUGACAGUGGAUGGUACAGCUGUUCAGCUACAAAUGAAGUUGGAACAGAAAAAUCCCAGCCUGUACAGAUUACAGUUUAUUAUGCUCCAAGACAAACAUUAAUCAUCAAAGGUGAAGAACAGGUGCAUGAUGGGAAACGUUUUGUGACUCUGAGCUGCAGCAGUCUCUGUGAUCCUCCUGCAACUUAUGUCUGGUACAAAAAAGGAGAAGAUGAAAAAGUUUCUGAUGGAAAGAAGUUAACAGUGUUCUCAGACCAAGCAGGAGAGUACUAUUGUGUUGCUGAAAAUAAGAUCGGUCGAAGAUCAUCUAAAACUGUGAGACUGUUUGAUGACACCGUAAAAAAAAUAGUGAAAUUUUUAUUGAUUGCUCUGAGUGUGAUCUUCAUAAUUAUUUUAGUUUUCCUUUUGUACAGACACAGGAGGAAAAAAUUCCUUCAGCAAGGAACUACAAACAGACCGGUCUGCAGUAAUUUUGUGGUUUGCUGGAGUGGAGCGUUCAAUCAGGCGGCUUCAGCAGAGCCUUUCAGAAGCAGAGAGGACCUCCUACCAGAGCAGGACUGCCGUCCAAAACCACCCCAAGGACAACAGCGCCCUCAUGUCCCGUCUGCAUCCAACAUAGACUGUGUUUACAGCACUGUAGAGCUGCCCAAGAAGAUACAGACUUCCUCAGCAGAAAAGUCAAAGACAAAGCAACAAUCACACAUGGAUGAUGAUUCUCUCAACUAUGCUUCCCUGCACUUUAAAAAUAAGCCAAAGUGCCCAAAGCCUAGGAUACCAGAGGAGGAUGUUGUGUAUGCCAAAGUCUGUAAAGCCAAGCCUCCCAGUGAGGGACAAGAGGAGCAUAUGGAUUAUGAAAAUGUCAGUGAUGUGCACACAGCCAAUCUUCAGAAUGUUUAUAACUCUGACUCUGACACCAGUGACGAUGUUGUGGAGGUGAAUUAUACACAGGUGAACUUUAUACCAAAGCCUGGACACCAGAGGACCAGGAGAAGCUCCAGCAGCUCUCAGGAAGAAACUCAGUAUUCUCAAAUCAAAUUUGAGACCUGAAAAGGGCUUUUGUAGGCAGAGAAAAGAGGAUUUACCAGAACAGAAAUCAUCAAAAUGAUGCAUUAUUGAGAAAACAUAUCAGCAUCCAUGGCACCUCCAUCCUGGUCUUUACAGCCCCUUCACUGGCCACCUCAACCAUUGCAUAUCUCUCCUCUUCUGCCUUUCCCGCAAAACUUUCAAGCUUCAACUUGUUCAGAACAGAGGCGCUCAAAUAAUUAUGAUUUUUGGGUAGUUAACUUUUUUAGUCUCACCACAUUUCACCUGUUCAUCAGCAGCUCCACGUUAAAUUCAGAAUCGACUACAAACUUUUGCCAUUCGUCUUUAAAUCCAGCCACAACUUUUCUUCCUCAUAGUUGUCCAUUCUCCUCCACAUCACUCCUUGUUCAUGUUGAGUUAGAUCUUCAUUCUUCCUUCAUCUAACUGUUCCUUUUACCCACAUAAGCAUCAUGAGGGGCAGAGCCUUCAGCUGGGUUAGAGUAACAGUUGAUUUGAGGUUAAGUUUAGGGGCUGAACUUUGAAAUUCACUCCUUCAGAGAUGCUAAAUAUUGACUUAGCUCUCAAAACGUACUCACUAUACCUGCAUUUCACCAAAGCUGUAUCAUGAUGAUUCAACAUCUGUGAUCAUUUGAACAAACUGUCUUCUACUGUUUAAUCUUAUUUUGCAUGUACACUGCCCUCAGUUUUAGAUUAAACAUAUUAAUAAUAUUUUAUGUUAUAUUCGCAACUGUUGGAAGAUCGGAGUGAGAUCGACAGGCGGAUUGAAGCAGCGUCCGUCAUUAUGUGGUCGCUGAACUGCUCCAAUGUGGAGAAGAGAGAACUGAAGCAGAAAGCAAAGCUCUCAAUUUAUUGGUCAGUCUUCGUUCCAGUGCUCACCUGUGGUCAUGAGCUCUGGAUAUGGCCAAAAGAAUUAUGUCCCGACUACAAGCAGCUGAAAUCCUCCAUAAGAUGGCUGGAUGCUUUCUUAGAUAUAGGGUGAGAAGCUCAGACAGCUGAAGAGAGCUCAGAGUAGAGUCGCUCCCCCAUCAUAUCGAGGAUCUGGUCUGGAUGCCUCCUGGACACCUCCAUGGGUAGGUGUUCCCAACUGGGUAGAGGAUCCGGGGAAGACCUAGGACACACUGGAGAGACUAUGUCUCUCGGCUGGCCUGGGAACACCUUGGGGUCCAGCCAGUGGAGCUUGAGGAAGUGGCCGGGGAGAGGGAAGUUUGGGUAUCUUUGCUUGCUGCAGAAUAAGAUUGAUGGAUGUUAUUUUUGUAAAUAUUUACCAUGUAGUGCUAAACUUUUGCAAUAUUUAAAUUGUAUUAAACCCAUUCAUCAGUGGUUUCACAUUGAUUUGGUAUAAUGAA